CGGCCCCCAUACUUUACUUUUCCCUAUAAACAGCGCGCUGUGCCUUCAGGGAAGGAGUCUCACUUUUCCAAAAGACUAAUUAUUGCGCUCGUUGGAUUUUUUUUGUGUUGUGUUUGUGCUGUGUUUCUAGACCCUCCUUGACUUGGAUGUUCACUCUUUAACAAACUAAUCUACUUACUCCAACUGAGCUACAAUCAUGCAGCUCCUCCAGUCUCUCUUUUUGUUUCUGUUCUUCAGUUACAGCGUUGUCUCUUUGCCAACUUCUGGUCGCACUCAGCACAAGGGAAGAUCUUACACGGUCAGUCGGGUUCGUCGGGGCGAGGGUGAAUUGCAUGGUCCGUCGGCGCUGCGCAAGGCAUAUCGCAAGUAUGGCUUCACUCCCAGCACCCUCAACAUUGAACUGGAAGACUUCGAACCGGUCACCACGGUGAAACACAACGUCGCCGCUACCACCGACAACAGCGCCGAGCCCGAUCAGAUCGGCGCCGUCAGCGCAACCUCUGUCGAAAGCGAUGCCGAAUUUGUUUCGCCUGUGGAGAUCGGAGGCCAGAAGAUUGUCGUCACCUUCGACACUGGCUCAGCGGACUUCUGGGUCCUGGACACUCGUCUUAACAAGACCCUCGAUGGCCAUACCCAGUAUAACCCCGCCAACUCGACCACGUUCAAGGAGAUGCAAGGUGCCACUUUCAACGUCUCCUACGGUGACGAUUCAUUUGCCGCGGGUCCCGUCGGAACCGACACUGUCAACAUCGGCGGUGCGGUUGUCAAGAACCAGGCCAUUGGAAUCCCCACCGAAGUAUCCGAGUCCUUUAUCAAGGAUACCAACUCGAACGGCCUGGUUGGACUGGGGUUUUCCUCUAUCAACAGCAUUGAACCCCAGGCCCAGAACACCUUCCUCGCCAACGCCGCGCCUAACUUGGAUGAGCCUGUUUUCACUGCCGCUAUCAAGAGUGAUGGUGUGGGCGAGUAUGGAUUCGGUCUGAUCGACUCGGCUAAGUACCAGGGGACCAUGGCCAACGUCAGCGUGGAUAGCUCCAAUGGUUACUGGCAGUUCGAAACUUCCGAAUUCUCUGUAGGAAGCGGAUCCCUUCAGACGAUCAACUCCACGAAGACGGCAAUUGCGGACACCGGCACUUCUCUCAUGCUGAUGGACCAGCAAGUCGUGGAUGCUUACUACGCCGAAGUGCCGAGCGCGGUGUAUGUGAGCAGUGCUGGUGGUUACAUCUUUCCCUGCAACACUUCUCUCCCAAGCUUCUCAAUUGCUCUGGGCGCGCAGCACUUGGCCACGGUCCCCGGGGACCUGAUUGAAUUCUCCAAGGUUGGCACCAACACCACCACCGGACAAGCCCUCUGCUACGGUGGGAUUCAAUCGAACUCAGGCGCCUCGCUCCAGAUUCUGGGUGAUGUCUUUCUGAAGGCCUUCUAUGUUGUCUUCGACAUGCGUGGCCCCUCCCUCGGCGUCGCUUCACCCAAGUGAUCUUCUGAUGAGCAUUAUGCCGGUCGAUGUACCUUAGUUAAUUCUGGGA